ACCACCAUCUUCAAGCGGGUUGCAGACUGUCGGAAUUCGGGCGAAACUAGCCUACGUUUCCUUUAUCUGGUUCAAAAUUCAAACUAGUGACAUUUCAAACGGUAAAAUUGUGUUUAGUUUUCCAUUCAUUAUUUUUGCAAUGCGAACGUGAAAGGUUUUCCACUUCGAGGACAGAUUGAAAAAGAGUUUCUCCUCACCAAAGAAGCAUGGCUCCGGUGUUCCGGAGGGAUGUGGGGGAGGAACCGAGGACGGAGGUUGAGGAGGUGUUCCUACCCUCCACUGAGCCUUCCCCCCAUCACCACAAACUCCAUAAGGUGUUAGAGCAGCACAAAGCAGUCAUAACUGAGGCCCCUGAACUAGAUGAGGAUGUGUCAGGAUCCACAGAGGAAGCUUCCACAGAGGCCACCACAGUCAAGGGGAAGGCUGAGGAGAUUAAGGAGAAGGUGUUGGACGUGGCACACACAGUGGGCGACGAGGUGGGACUGCCAACCUGGGUCGUCGUCUCUAUAUUUAUUGGAAUAGCAGUGAUUAUUCUGCUGAUCUGCGUUUGCUGCAUCAGACGAUGUUGUCGCAAGAGGAGGUCCAAGGAUGGCAAGAAAGGCAAAGGCAUCGUAGACCUCAAGUCAGUGCAACUAUUGGGGUCUGCUUACAAGGAAAAGGUGCAGCCCGAUAUGGAAGAACUGACGGAGAACGCAGAGGACAUAGCCGAGGAAGGGGAUAGCAAACAGAGCGAAGUGAAGCUGGGAAAACUACAAUACAAGCUGGAAUAUGACUUCAACUCCAACAGUUUGGCCGUGACGGUGAUCCAAGCAGAGGAGUUGCCUGCCCUGGACAUGGGAGGAACGUCUGACCCGUACGUCAAGGUGUACCUGCUGCCCGACAAGAAGAAGAAGUUUGAGACCAAAGUCCACCGAAAGACUCUAAAUCCUGUUUUCAAUGAAACGUUUACAUUCAAGGGUGUGCCGUAUGCUGAUGCGAUGAACAAGACGUUGGUGUUUGCCAUUUUUGACUUUGACCGGUUCUCCAAGCACGACCAGAUUGGAGAGGUGAAGGUACCGUUGUGUCAGGUGGACUUGGCGCAGACCAUCGAGGAAUGGAAGGAACUGCAGAGUGUGGAGGGAGAAGGCGGACAGGAUAACAAGUUGGGAGACAUUUGCUUUUCACUCCGUUAUGUUCCGACUGCCGGGAAACUGACCGUCGUCAUCUUGGAAGCUAAGAACCUUAAGAAGAUGGACGUGGGAGGCCUGUCAGAUCCGUACGUGAAGAUUGCUAUUAUGCAAAAUGGAAAGCGGUUGAAGAAGAAGAAGACGAGCAUCAAGAAAUGUACUUUGAAUCCCUACUACAACGAAUCGUUCUCUUUUGAGGUGCCCUUUGAACAAAUUCAGAAAGUGCAGCUGGUGGUGACAGUAGUGGACUACGAUCGUAUCGGAACCUCCGAGCCCAUUGGCAAGGUGGUGUUGGGCUACAACGCGACUGGAACUGAGCUCCGUCAUUGGUCUGACAUGUUGGCUUCUCCCCGACGUCCGAUAGCCCAGUGGCACACUCUCAAGGACCCUGAGGACGGUGAAAAGAAAGACUAAACAUAUUCAAGAUUAUUUCGCGCAAGAUUGGCGUGAGGCGCCCCCAAGCUCUCCCCAUCUGUGCAAUCCUUGUAUAUAAAAUAUAUUUUAGUGUCAUUAUUUUUUAGCAACAAGAGUCGGUUCGUAGAGUAGGAUUGAGGAGUGUUUAUGCUUCUUGUACAGUGAAGCUAGUGUGUGUCUGGUUAUUGUACAAAUAUCAACCAUUCCGACCCGGCCCCUAGAGCUUCCGUGCUUGAUUCGAUUCUUUUACAAAUUAGGACUACUUAAAAGUUAGUAAUGACAAUAAAAAUUGUAAAAUUUCAAACACUUAUCGCUUAGCAAAGUCCUGGGGUGCGCAGGGCCGACUAGACUAUCGUAUGCCUUCUCCCUCAGUUGCAUGCUUUCCCCUCCUUCACGUAGUCUGUAUCGUGUAAAUUCAUCCUAUCCGAAUGUAUAGUUAGUUUAUACAAAUUGUCAUGGUCUCUUUGAUUUUAUCAGUGAAUGUAAUAGUAUAAUUACGUAUAUAGAAAAAUAUUAUUAUUAAUGUUGUAUAAUAUUAAUAUCUUUUAUAUUAUACAUAUAUUAUAAAGUAUCAAUCUGCUUUCUGGAAUGUGUAUAAUCAGAUUGAAAAGUAUAAAAUUUUUCAGAUUCGUAAGUGAAAAUAGUAAAUGAGACACAUGUUUGAUAAAGUAAAUGAUGAGGUAUGUGUUUAAAUCGUAAAUUAUAUUUUUAAUUAAUACAUUAUUUUUAGAAUAAGCCGCAAAGUAUGAAAAUUCUGUCCUCAAGUCACAUCUACUAUUUACUAGAUAUAUUUUUCUUCAAAUUAGACCAUUCAAACAUAGCUGAUGUAAAAAAAUGUAAAAAUGGUUUGUAAAUGUAAUUUAUAUUUUGACUCUUAGUCAAAAUGGUUUUAGUAGUUCCAAUUGUUUAGAACCAGUAUUAACGUAAAUAGAUAUCACCACAACUGUAUUUUGAGGUGUACAUAUAAUGUUUUUGAAGUAGGAUGUACUUAUUAGUGAUAUAUUUAUGCACUGAACUUAAUCAUGUAUUUAUCAACGCUACAGCUUCCAUUUGCUAUGUUUUCUAUCACGUUAGGUUUGUUUGUGUCCCAAGCUCUAGGUGUAACAGGCCUAAACCCGCCAUAUCAGAGGAGCAGCACAAUUAUUGUUAUCCAGUCGAUGUCCAAACUGCUCUUUAGCUAGGUUUAUUUCAGUUUUCAAUAAAUAUUUUUUGCAUUUAUAAUAUUGACAACAUUGGAGGGGGUUUAUCUAACUUCUUGCCAUAGUUAUGGUUUAGGUUAUGCUUUAGUUGAAGCCACGUUAGUUUUGUUUUUACAAGAAUUUAUUCAAGGUUUUUUACUCAUUUUGUACAUUAUCUCUAUGUGAAUUGUUUUUUCGACAUUUAGCUAACUCCCUCCUCACUAUGUUUUAUUGUUUCGUAAUAGUUGAUAUAGACUGUAGUUCAAACAAAACUAAUUAUUUAUCGACAUAACUAUAGUUUACUAAUGAACAUGAUUGGUUUUCAUAUUGAAAAAGAAGUUACGUGAAGCAGCAAAUCUUGAGUUGGUACAGAUCCAUAGUUGGGAAGUGUUGUACUGGUUUGAAGGAAAUCUGAACAGGCAGUUGUAAAGUAGUUUGUUUUGUAUAUUUGUUACCCGGACUGACUGAAUGUUACUCCAGAGGGAGUUAUGUUACUCUAAUCAGUGUAUGUUCACUGUUACUCCUCCUAUUUAACGUUGGUUCUAUCAGAGUUUAUUUCUAAAUUUGUGAUAAGUGUAUGAUCACCUGGCUGUACUUCUCUGGCUGGGAAUGUUAUGUAAUAAACAUGUUGCCAGGA